GAAUAUUGCCAUUGCAAAAUUGCUUUUGGUAAUUAUCAGGAAAAAAAAAUCAGAAAUAUCUAGAAAGAUAUUUUACGUAUCCAAUAGAAAAAUUGGUAGAAAAGUCAAUUUAUUCAGAAAAUAAUUAGAAAUUCGUUUAAAAUCCGUUCAACCGUAUACUAAAAUAACUGAUUUGAGUUUUACGUAUUAAAGCGUUGAAUAAUUGGAAAUAUGGCCGCACCCUUCGCUUCCGAAGAUUUGGAAAAAUUAAAAAAAUUUAUUGAUUUUGUUAGCCAAAAUCCAUUAAUAUUGAAUAUGCCGCAAUUGGAAUUUGUGAAAAUAUUCAUAGAGAAAUUUGGUGGCAAGGUGCCGGAAGGGACUUUUGAAAUGCCGGCCGGAGGAAAAUGCCCUUUUGGUGGUAACAUCAAAACUGAAGCUAAAACUUCGUCAGUUCCCCACGAAGAAGAAAACAGUGCUGAGGCUGAAAUGGAUGUGGAAUCGGAUGAAUCCGAAAUUGAAUUGGAUAUGGAAGGUGUCAUUCCACCCGACCGUGUGCCGGAACAAUCUACUAUCGAUUUUAGUAAAAACCCUACUGAAGAAGAAAUUGAUAAAGCCGGUGAAUUACGUUCGCAGGCCGCUGCCGCUUACAGCGACCAAAUGUACGCGGAAGCCAUCGAUUUUUAUACGCAGGCUAUUGAACUCAAUCCGGGUAAUGCCUUAUUCCAUGCCAAACGUGGCCAAGCCUUUUUAAAACUCCAAAAACCGAAUGCCUGUAUACGAGAUUGCAAUAGAGCUUUGGCAAUUAAUUGUGACUCAGCUGCCGCUUACAAGUUUCGGGGCCGUGCUCAUCGUUUGUUAGGCAAUUGGGAGGAAGCCGCUAAAGAUUUACGUCAAGCCUGCAAAUUGGACUUUGACGAGGAAGCUGAUGAAUGGUUGCGUGAAGUUACACCUAAUGCAAAAAAAAUUGAACAACAUCGCUUAAAACAACAACGUAAAAAGGAUGAACAUGACCGUAAAGCUAGGGAGGUACGUCGUGAAAAGGCCCGUACAGAGGCAUCGCAGCAACAACAACAACACGAGAAGCAUGAUAAUACUAGUAUGCCUGGAGGCUUCUCGGCAGGUGCAAAUUUAAUUGAUCUAUUGUCCAGUAUCAAUGAUCCCGAAGUUAUGGCAGCUCUACAGGAUAUUAUGAAAAAUCCCACUAAUAUUGAGAAAUAUAAAUCAAAUCCUAAACUUGCUAAAAUAAUUGAUGUAUUCAAGAGCUCAUUCCCGUGCGGAGUGGGUGGCUUCCCAGGUGGAUUUCCAGGAUCUUUUCCAUCAACGGCAGGGGCUAACGAACCGGAUGAUGAUAAUACUGCUACUGCCCCUCCUAAUCCCGAAGACAAUAAGCCCCAAUCCAAAAAACCAGAUUUCGUCGAUGAUGGCCUUGACUAAAUCUGUUUUAAAGAAAAUAUAUAUAUAUAUAGCAAUAUUAUAUAUGAUGUUAUAUUAAAACUCCUCGAUUAUAUAUUAUCAGCGUAUUAUACCUUGCUUGAUAUAUAAAAAUUAAUUUCAUUUGUAACCAUUUCUGCAUUUUUGAAUACCUUUCUCUUAUUUUAAAUUUUAAAUUGACAGAAUAAGUUUUGACCCUUUGCUGCGUAUACAUAAGCUUGCUGUUAAUAUUAAAAAAAAAAAAAAGAAAACCGAAAACACUAAAACAAAAAAAAA